GCGGGGCAAGCGGUCGACGAUAGGGCGGGUACGUAAGUUCGCCAGCAAAUACCUUAGCGCUGCGACAUCCGUACAGCAGCAUUGCCGAGCAGUUGCCACACUCGCUGGACUUCUUACUCUUGCUGACAUUGUUCUUUCUUGUCAUUCGACCUUUCCUUACAACAACACUAAUUCUCUACCAACAUCAAAGCAAUACACAAAAAUGGCACCACACGCUGAAGGACAGAAUGGCAACGGGGCUACCGAGGCUGUUGCUAGCAAUGGACAUACUGUGCCUGCCAACGAGGGCCAAGCGCCUCUUGAGCCGGGGAUAAAGAAGACGAUUGCUCAAGGCAAGAUGACAGAGUUCCCCAGACCACCAAAAUUCGAAGACAAAUACAAGGAACGAGAAUACCUCAAAGGCCGCCUCGCAGCUGCCUUCCGCAUCUUCGGCAAAUAUGGUUUCGACGAAGGUGUUGCAGGACACAUCACCCUCAGAGAUCCAGUGCAACCAGAUUGCUUCUGGGUCAACCCAUUCGGCGUGGCGUUCUCCUUGAUCAACAAGUCCGAUCUCAUCCUUGUCAACCACUCCGGACAGGUCAUCGAUGGAGGCCCAUGCCGACUUCUUAACACGGCGGCGUAUAUGAUUCACUCGGCGAUCCAUGCUGCGAGGCCAGAUGUGAAUUGUGCAGCUCAUAGUCACUCGAUUUAUGGACGGACUUGGUGUUCGUUGGGGAGGAAGAUUGACACGUUGACGCAGGAUGCUUGUGCGUUUCAUAAUGAUCAUGUGGUUUAUGAUAGUUUUAAUGGGGUCGUGUUGGCGGAGAAGGAGGGGAAGGAUAUUGCGAAGUGCCUUGGGGAUAAGAAGGCGGCGCUGUUGCAGAAUCAUGGGUUGUUGACUGUGGGAUCUACGAUUGAGGAGACAAUCUUCUGGUUCGUGUCGUUGGAGAAGUGCUGCCACUCUCAGCUCAUGGCCGAGGCGGCUGCUGCUUCGCGAGGCGAGAAGCCGAUUGCGAUUGGUGAGGAAGAGGCCCAGUACACUCAUCGUUCUGUGGGCACUGGACGUGCUGGCUGGUUCAGUGCGAAGCCGCUGUUCGACGUGGUCCACAAGGAGACCAAUGGCGAUUAUCUGCAGUAGUGGAGGAAGGGGAGAUCAUCAUGAAGGAGAAUACCCAGAAUGUCAAACUUGUGAGGAGCACAGUACCUGCAAAAGUGCAAAGCUUCAUGGACGAACAGAUCGGAAAUGUACUCUUGCUUUCUUGAGCAGAUCUAUU